AGCCUUAAACAAUUAUCUUCUCAGAUUCCAUCUCUCUCUAUCUAGCUUGGAUUCCUAUAUAUCUCUUUCUACCUUUGGAUUCCCACACAGAUGAAAAUAAGCUUCUCCAAUAUGAACAAUAGCAAUAUCUCUUAUCAUGCUGAAACCAAUGGUAUUGGCCUCACCAAUGACUUGCUGAUAGAAAUUCUCACCAAGCUACCAUUGAAGUGCAUCUACCGCUACAAAUGCGUAUCAAGGUCAUGGCAGCGGCUUAUUGCAGACCGUUAUGUCGCCACAAGGCUCCCAUUAAUCCUCUCCGGCGUGUUCUACCGCAGCGGUCCCGAAGAUCUCAAGCUUGAACCCAGAUAUGGAUGCAACUCUAAUGGUUGUUUCUAUGAAACAGACUUCAGUUACCUCCCAUUUUAUCACAACUCCAGCAUCAUAGAUUGCAACAAUGGUCUUCUCCUCUUUUACAGAAGCAUUCCCUCUGCAUUUCAUGUCUGCAAUCCUACCACAAAAACAUGGGCUGCUCUACCCAAGCCAAGGGGUAAUAGCCAGCUCUCAAUAUUAGCUUUUGAUGCUUACAAAUCACCAUAUUACAAGGUGGUUUGCUUCAGUGGGUGGCAAGCACAAGGAGGCCAACUUGAAGUCUUCUCGUCAGAGACCGACCAAUGGGUCGAACACAGCCUGAAUUGGGGAGUUGAUACCAAUAGCCUCUCAGCUUCGAUGCAUUACUUUGAUGGUGUUCUUUAUGUUCUUGCUCUUCCUGGACAUGUUGCUUGCAUUGAUUUAGAAAAGAUGUGUUCCAACGUAAUUGAGUUGCCUGAGGACAUGAAACAAGAUACUUCUUUAGGGAAUUCUGGUGGGUUUCUCCACUGCACAAUAAAUGAUGCAAAUGAAUUGAGGAUUUGGGUUUUAAAAGGAAUGAAAUGGGCGUUGAAGAACAAAGUAAGUGUUUCAGGGAUUUUAAAAUGGAAUGGUGACUGCAGAGAUAUGUCUUCUGCUAAUUUUUUGCAUCACGGGCAGUUUAAAUUCUUGGCUUUUCAUCCGAAGGAGGAUGUGGUUUACCUAUGGGUUAUGGGCAAGUUGAUGUCUUAUGAUCUUUGUAAGAAGAGAUUUGGUUUGGUUUGUGAGUUGGGAACAGAGAAGGAGAGGGUUCAAGUGAUUCAGAUUUGGUUGUUUCCAUACUCAGAUAACAUUUCAAAUUGCUUGGCUUGAUGGGAAUUAUGUUUAUGUGAUAGUUCUUUAUGUUAUGUGGUUUAGUUUGUGACAAGUAAAGAAGAAAUUAUUCUGUGCGGAUACCGGACACGACUCUACGUCCGAAUGCCGCGGUACCGAGAAGUGCCAAGUACCAAGUCGCGGUAUAGUAAAACAGUGGCAUGACUCAUUCUGAUAGGUCUCCAAACAGCAUCUAUAGAAAUGUGAAGAGGGGCAGGUGAUUUGAAUUUUUGUACAGUUGUAUUAUUUAAUAGAAAUUUAAGAUAUACUUCCAUUAAUGAAACAUCCAUUUUGAAUAUUCCUUCAA